UAAACGUAUUUUUCCUUUUCUUUGGCGCAAUAUAGAUCGAUCGCAGAGAAAUAAGGUGCUCCGCGCACGACACGGAGGCGAAACGGAGCGGAACUGGGUUGUAAUCGUCCCUUUGAGAGGCGGCGGAUCCGGAGGUUUAGCGCCAAGUUAAAUCCACUCCUCUCUGACGUUGACGCUCCAAGUCAUCUGUUCCCGACUAGGCGCCAGCUCAGAGGAACUAGCCCGGCCUGGAUGCGCACACUCGGACUGAGAGCUCCCCCGAGUCUGAACAACAAGUCUGGGAAGUUGAACACUCUUCAUAUUUAUCUCCCAGACGUGGAUGAGAGUGAACUUCAGGGGCAGAAUCUCGAGGUUUAUUCUGAAACGGACACCCACCCCAACGAUAUAUAUUCAUAUUUAUAAAUAUCUAUAUAAUGCGAGGACAACGGGAAGAGACGGAACCACAGUCUGCUGCUCCUGAGGCGCCCAUAGAAAAUACAGUACGACCGAGAAAGAGGAAGGCAGAUGUUGCCAUUCAUCUACAGGAUGUGGAUGACGAGGUCGCAGAGAUGACAAAGAAAAAGCACCGUGAAUGCGAGCUGGGCUGGAGUCCCGAUGCUGGUUUCACAAGUCCCCAGAGGUGGAUCCCCACACCUGACCAGGAAGAGGACCAACCAGUUGCCCUGAUAAAUGUGGGUUUCCCCCACUACAACUUUAACAACGUGUUUGUGACACCGGUACGCUGCGCGCCACUUCCUGCUCUGUGCUGGGCCAGUAAAGAUGUGGUAUGGAACAACAUGUUGGAGAAGGACAAGAUCUACACCAGGGACGUCCACGUGCUGGAGAAACAUCCACAUCUGCAGCCAAAGAUGCGGGCAGUUCUCCUGGACUGGCUCAUGGAGGUGAGCGAGGUGUACAAGCUGCACAGGGAGUCAUACCACCUCGCCCAGGACUACUUCGACCGCUUCAUGGCCACGCAGAGGAACGUCUUCAAGUCAACGCUGCAGCUCAUCGGCAUCACCUGUCUCUUCAUCGCCGCCAAAGUGGAGGAGAUGUAUCCUCCCAAAGUCCACCAGUUUGCCUACGUUACAGACGAAGCCUGCACUGAAGAUGAGAUUCUCAGUAUGGAAAUUAUCAUAAUGAAGGACCUGAAGUGGAGUCUUUGCCCACAGACUCCCAUCUCCUGGCUCAAUGUUUACAUGCAGGUGGCCUACCUGAAGGAGUCGGACGAGCUGCUCAUCCCCAGAUAUCCCCAGAGUACCUUCACACAAAUUGCAGAGUUGUUGGACCUGUGUAUGCUAGAUGUGCGAUGCCUGGAGUUUUCCAACGGCGUCCUUGCUGCUUCAGCCCUGUUUCACUUCUCCUCUCUGGAGCUGGUGGAAAAUGUCUCGGCUCUGAAGAGGGUGGAGGUGGAGGAAUGCGUAAGGUGGAUGGUGCCGUUCGCCAUGGCGCUGAGGGAAGUCGGCGGGUCGUCGAUGAAAACCUUCGCAGGAAUCCCUGUAGAUGACGUGCACAACAUCCAGACCCAUGCCUCCUACAUCACGUGGAUGGACAAGGCCUACUCUUACCAGGAUGUGGAGCUGGAGCGUCACGUCGGCUGCCCCGUACCUUCAGGUGUCCUGACUCCACCGCAGAGCAGCGAGAAAAGCGAGGACUCGGUGCCGAAAAUCCGGCCCCGGAUUCCAACUCCAUCCCCGCAACUCAGCACCUUCCGACGGAGCCCAGCCCACUUUCAAACCGACGAGACGACCGCAAAUCCUAAUUAAGAGUUUUUACAUUUUCAGCUACAAGCGGAAGGAAAGACUAAUGAGUUUACGCUGACAAGCGGCGCCACUGCCUGUACACACCUGUGCGAUGGAUUUUCAGUGGGGAAUCAUUGAUGGAAAUCUUUUUCUUUCCCUUUUCAAAGCCACACUGAUUCCUCGGAUCCGGACGCUUUUUAUGAUCUGCCGUGGGCGUGGAAUUCGAUUAAAUUAAAGAAACGCUGACUCGCAGUGAGCAAAUGGGUUGGAUGGCCCCGUCCUCACAGGAAUCGUACUUAUUCACCCCUCCAGUGAAGAUGAAGCCACAAAGCGAAGGGCUGUUGGGACAACACGGCCCAAAAAGGAUAUAUGUAUUUUUAAUAGCAUCGCACCUAAAUGCUUUCAUUCAUUUCUCUACAGAGGCCAAAUUGAAUGGACAGUUUGUAGAGUCUCUACUUGAUUUUAUUGUGUGUGGUUUUUUUUGGGGGGGGGGGGGGGGUGAUUGCUGUUUUUAAUCUAUUAGUGGCCUCAUUUGCCCAAAAACUAUUCCUAGGGUCAUACUUGGCUCUUUGUGCUGCUAUAAAAGUGGGCUUAGCAUGAUGGAGGGGAGAGAGUGUGAGUGUGUCAGUGUUUAUGAAAUUGUGUGUUUCUCUUGUUCUUGGUUCUACUCUUGCCAUUUGUAUUGGAUAAAACAUCAUGGCCAUGUUUUGCUGAGGGACCAGUAGCUUGGCUACCUAAAUGGACACGUGAACCAGCCAGGCUUCAGAAGCCGAGAUAUUGAUUGUAUUUAACUUUUUUUAAUUUUCUUUCCCCACCACCAACAUGUACGAUUUUUUUUUUUUUACUUUUAAAAAUAAAAUGCUGCUACAUAUUUUUCAUGGAA